AGCUAUUGGAAACUGUCGUGUAUUGUAUCACAAUUGAGAUGUGACUUUUAAAUGAAGAAGCGUGUCAAUACAGUUCACCAAACUGGCGGGACUCGAGUCUCAGACCCUUCAUUGAGGAUGUAUGGAUUUAUUAACACAUGUUUGAAGUCUUUGAUUAUAGAAAAAUUCGGAGAAGAAACAUGGGAGAAACUGAGAAUCGCUGCUGAAGUCCCAGACACUUUUAUGACAUUUAAGGUAUAUGCGGAUGAUAACACAAUGCGACUGGUGGAAGAAGCAUGCAAGUUGUUAGAUGUGGAGCCAGCUAUGGUGUUACAACAAUUUGGAGAGUAUUUUUUUGAGUUUUGCAAGAGAUCUGGUUAUGAUCACAUGCUUCGUACUCUGGGAGGUAACCUGAUGGAGUUCAUUGAGAACCUUGAUGCAUUACACAGUUACCUGUCAUUAUCCUAUAAGGAGAUGAAUGCACCAUCUUUCAGGGUGGAAAAAAACGAAGACAAUUCUAUGCUACUGCACUAUUAUUCUGACAGGAGAGGACUGUGUCACAUUGUCCCUGGCAUACUUGGUGCAGUGGCCCUGGAUUUUUUUAACAGUGAAAUUACGAUGGAUAUUGUGAGUCAGAUGGAAGAGGAAGAACGAACGGGUAAAAAGGAACAUGUUGUUUUCCUGGUAACCCAGAAACCAGUAUAUUCACAUAAACGACGCAGCAGGUUAUCUGCGAAGCCACAGUAUCUGUCUGAUACACGCAAGCAAAGUGAAAAACAGUUAAAUAAACUGGACUUGGAAAGAGCAAUGGCCAAGAUGAAAAGCAAAGCGUCUGGAUCCCCUGUCAGGAAAAACCACUGGGAAACAGUCCGUGGGAUUGUCAAAUUGGGAAAAGGCAAAUUAUUAAGAGGCUUUGAACCAGUCUAUCCUGAGAGAUUGUGGGUUGAUGUAAAAACAUUUUGCAAUUCUUUUCCUUUUCACAUUGUCUUCAAUGAAGAGCUUAGGGUAAAACAAGCAGGGAUAAAUAUACAGAAACUGGUCCCAGGACUUCAAACAAUGGACAUCCGACUUGAUGAAUACUUCAACAUUGUUCACCCGGAAGUAACAUUCAAAAUAUCAAGUGUGCGGAAAUUUAUUAAUAGCUUAUUUGUGUUAAGAACAAAACGGGAAAUGAUGCCAGAAUCAUGGAAGCAUCGUCCAAUGUUGGAACUAAGAGGUCAAAUGGUGUGGAUGGAAUAUUUACAAUGCAUGGUGUAUCUGUGCUCUCCUCUGCUGCGUAGCUUACAUGAGCUUGAAGAGAGGCACAUGCACAUUUCUGAUAUUGCCUCCCAUGAUGUGACCAGGGACCUUAUUCUUCUGAAUCAGCAGAGGCUAGCUGAGAUGGAAUUAUCCAAUCAGCUUGAAAGAAAGAAAGAAGAACUAAGAAUUUUGUCCAAGCAUUUAGAGGAAGAAAAGAAGAAAACAGAAGCAUUGCUCUAUGCAAUGUUACCAAAGCACGUAGCAAACCAGCUCAAAGAAGGCAAAAAAGUUGAGGCAGGUGAAUUUAAGGAGUGUACCAUACUGUUCAGUGAUGUUGUGACAUUUACAAGUAUCUGUGCGCAGUGUGAACCAAUUCAAAUAGUGGUUAUGCUAAACACCAUGUACUUGAAGUUUGACAGAUUAACCACAGUCCAUGAUGUUUAUAAGGUGGAGACAAUAGGAGAUGCCUACAUGGUGGUUGGAGGAGUCCCUGUACCUGUUUCUUCACAUGCUGAGCGAGUAGCAAAUUUUAGCUUGGGAAUGAUCAUAGCAGCUAAAGGUGUAACAAAUCCUGUGACAGGAACACCUAUCCAGAUAAGAGUUGGGGUAACCACAGGCCCAGUUCUGGCGGGAGUAGUUGGUGAAAAGAUGCCUCGAUAUUGCCUUUUUGGAGAUACAGUCAACACAGCUUCAAGAAUGGAAAGCCACGGUGUACCAAACAAGAUCCAUCUCAGUCCUAGUGCUUUCCGAGCACUUAAGGGUAAAAACUUUGAAAUACAUGAAAGGGGUGAAAUUGAAGUUAAAGGAAAAGGGAAGAUGUGCACUUACUUCCUCAUCAGAAAUCUGGUUGCAACAGAAAGUGAAAUCAUGGGCAGGCCAUUAAGGGAGUCUGAUUCUGGCCGAGAAUCUCUGCAGUCCCUACCUGAUUCAAAGGCAGAAUAUGUCAACCAAAAAGAUGGUGGGUGCAAUAUAUAUCAGGAUCUACGACCUACUGUUGCAAUGAAGUACAUUGAUACGUCCAGAAUUGUCACAGAGAACAUUUAUACAGAAAUAAAGGAUAUAGCAGGAAAAACACGUGGUUCGGAAAGUUAUGGGAGUCUGCACAGUGUCCAUAGCCCUCAGAAAUCAGAGGAUGACCCCCAUCAGCUUCCAAAGCAUCAUGAUGAGCAAGAAAUGGGGAAACCUAGUCGGAAAAACACCAAAUCCAAUUUAUGUAUUUUACUAUAAAUGUUCAAAAUAAAAACAAAAAAAUGUUUCGGCUUUCAUAAUGCCAAGCGUUGUUGUGCUAAAUGAACAUCACAAUUGCCCCAGAUGUCAUUGCUUCAACAAUGCCUUAAAUUUGCAUUGAAAGCAGACUAGAAACGGGGGAGCAUGUACACAGUCUUGAUUGCAGAUUUAUUAACUUAUUGUAUAAUAAAAUGUGUGUUGCCUCUAAAA